GUGCUAACUGUUCUGAGUGAAUGUGGGUUCAUUUCCUCUAUGUGUUUCAGGGAAUGGCUUCACACGGACGAGGCCGCUCCGCUGGUGGUUCCACCCCGCACGGAGAGGAGCGUCGAGGGACGAUGUCGUCGCCGGCAAGGGAAACGAGUCAGGGAGUUGGAGGUGAGGAGGAAGAACGACGUGCUCAAAACUUGUGGUGCGACUACAACAAACAUGUCUGGUAUUUGGACUGCGCGAGCCAGGACGGCUCCGACCCGUUGCAACCACCGUGCGGGCCGCUCUUGUUCGUCGUUGUUCGCGCCGACAGAACGCUUCCCGCAGGGUCCAUCGUCCAGUGGGUCGACGAUGGCGAAUACAAUUUCAAGUUUACGUUGAAGAAGCAUUACAGAAGUGAUGGUUCUGUCGACGGCAUCGCAAAGGGAUGCAAGGUUGCCGGGAGGAUGUUCGGCGGGUACGGCCGUCGUGCGAUGUCUUUGCCUCACUUUCUUCCGCUAGCGUCGGGGCACGACGAGGCCGUUCACGUCAUAGACUUCCUCGAGGUCUGGGCAAAAUCUGGUACCUCUGUCAGUGCCGUGGACAUCGGACCUGGAACAUCGAUCAGUGGUCUUGUUGGGUUCGCGGGAGGAGAGUGCUCUGGAAGGGAGAUGGGAGGUCAGGGUGGCCUGCCAGCUACGCCUCCUGAUCAAGAGGUGGGCAUGUCAGACGACUCGGAGGACGACCAUCCGCGUGCUCCUUUGAAACCGGGCUUCCAUGUAUCUUGCCGCCACGGUUUGCUUGGAGAGUCGACGCCACAUGGAGGCGGCGAUGGCGAAUGGUUGCGACAGGGCUCAGAAUCGACGACUCCUCGUUGUCUGGUUGAAAGGAUUGGUUCGUUCGUUCGUGGCAUGCAGGUGGCCGAGGUUUCGCCUCGAGAUCGAGCGGGUGGUGGGCAGGUUCGAGAGGUGCGUGGGAACGUCGCCGGUGAGGAGGAGGUGUCCGAGCAGAGGCUGUUCCGUGAGAGAUCAGCUGAAAAGACUCAGUCGGAAGGCAAGCGCAACUUGCCGGAUGAGGAAGAGCGAGAGGGACUAGGUGCUCUGAAAAGGCAGAGAAAGGUAGGAGGGAGUGCUCAGACACCAACAACACGAGAGGGCGGUUCCGUUGAGAAGAGGAAAAGGGUUGGAGGUGGGGAUGAAACGCCAAAAGACUCGUCGACACAGCGAAGAACCGGUGAGUCUUCCGGGAAAAGGGCGAAAUCAUCGAGGGGGAAGAAAGCAGACGAGGGCGAUAGCGGGGAGGGGGAUGACGACGUGGAGAUUAACCUCAACGCCUUUAACCUCGACAAUGCGUUCUUCCUCGAGAUGCAGACAGGGGUGCAGAAGGACGUCGUGUUGCACAUCCAUCCCGAAAGAAUAUUAGCCAUUCCUGACUGGGAAGACGCGUACAACCACCGAUCCUUGGACGAGUUCCUCGUUGAUACCAUCGCGUCGGCUAUGAUCGACUGCUACGAAUGUAAAGACAUGAGAUACACGAAGCCCAUUUUCGUUCUCGCUCCGAUCRUCGCGCCUCCAGAGAACGGCGAGMCUGYUGUGCGCGUGCUGCCUGCUGACUUCGACAGCUCACACCCGGAGAGAUACUGGUAUUAUCCUGUGUGUGGACAACAUAACGCGAGGGCGGCGAUGAUGGUGAAAGACCAUCCCGUGUUUGAUUACUACAACUUCUGUAAAUGGCCGUUCAUACCGAUCUACUUCCCUGACGACGAGUUCGACAACUACGCCCAUGACGAGGUGCGGUUCAUGGCGUUGGCAAUGAAGAAGACGUCGUACACGCCUAUCUGGAACCUGUCAACGGAAGCAAAGAAGAGAAAGGAAUGGGCUGAGAAACUUCGAUACUCCGUCUUCGCUUUGGGGUUGAAGUUCUAUGAGGAGUGGUCGAAAGGGAAACUGCUUGCUUCCGACGGCCAGCGUUGGACUGAAAAGCCGCCCACCCAUGAGGAGGUGGCCAAGCCAGGACUCUCCGCUGUGACUGACAGCCAGGGGCUGAGGAAACACGUCUGGUACGUGAAGGUGGAUGACCCGUCGUUGAAAAAGGGUAGGGGGAAGCCAAAGAAAGGCGCGGAGGAGAAAACUUUCUACGUCCAAGUUCCAGAGCCGGAUGUCCACUGCUGGAAGGAAUUGGUGGACUUGACGGACCGCGAGAAGAAAAGGUUGUUGAACGGCGUCUUGAACCUUAAUGUCGUGUGGGUUCAAACGAAUAGCAAAAAGUUGGCCGAGCAGGGGAAGUUCAGUGUCAAGGAGAUGGUCGACAUAAUAAAAAUGGACCGGAUUAUGCUGAGGCUGUGGCACUACGUGGAAUUCGAGUACGAGGAAAUGGAUAAGCGGGAGUGGAAUGCCAACUCCACGUUCUUCAGGUCCAAGAAACAACUGUUCGAAGAGUUCAAGGACAGAGGUCUCGACGACAAGCUUUGGAACGAGAGCAGGAAAUUUUUCACAAGCACCACAUAUGUCAACAAGUGCCCUCGGUUUCUCGGGUGUCAACACAACAACAACAUCAAGAGAACGGCGGCCCUCGUCACCGACCAGCAUUUCCCGGCGGAGUGGAAGCAUAUCGUCCUUUCGGUGAUCACUGAAGAUCGCGCCAAAGGCAAAAAAAACCCUCGGGGCGUCGAUGAAUGCAUCAACAUUAUGUGGACAAGGACAAGCGCCUUGACGAUGCUAGCCCAGUUUAACCUCGACCUGUUGAGUGCCAUAGAUCAUAAGCAGGUGCUGGGAAAACUAGGGCAUCAGCUACGCUCCCACACUUGCGUGCUCGACUUGUGCGGUGCUGUGGACCGUGCGCAAUGGGACUCUGGGGCAUUCGCGUCUCUGAUGGGUUCGGAAGACGACAUCGAAGAAGAUGCAUCAGUUCGAAACAGCGUCUGGGAGGAGCCAGGUGUGAUGCACAUCCUUUUCAAAGGCGAGGAUCCUCGGCUACUGACUCACCCAGUGUACGAGGGAGCUGUUGCUGAAGACGACGACGCCGCUCUCCGGAGGAAACAGAAAGUGACACCCACGGAUGUGGAGGAGAAGUCUUUCAAGUCUUUGACUUUCACGGACAUCGAAAACCUGACCCAGAGGGGGGCUCUGUACAAGGACGGCGACCGGAAUCCAAAUCAGUUGUGCAAUCAGCUUCUUUUCUUCUGUGGUGUGGCGGAUGCCGUGCUGCUCUUGGGCAAGCCGCACGCGCAGGUGGUGUGGAGUCUGGUUCAGCAGGGAAGGCACGUCUUGGCUGUGGAUGGGGACACAACGGUGCUCGAAUACACCGUGAAGUAUGUCACCCAUGAAGUGUCGUCCAAGGCUUACCCAUGCGAUUUCCACCAUGUCGUGGUCGAACCCAUUUAUGACCCGAACAAGGACAUGUUCUUCAAGUUGAGUCCGAAGAAAAGGCACCAUUUCCAGCCAGUCCUUCUCGAUGGCGAAUGGGCAGUGGCUGUGAGGGACUCAAAUAAAUGGCUAGAAGUGUCCUCCGCGUUCUACGCCCUUCCGUCAAGCCUGUCAAUUAAGCAAGUGAGUUGGGAGUUGCCUGGGGUCACCCCGCCGGCAGGAGUUGUGAAGCGCAAGUCUCGCGGAAAGGACGGCGAUGAGGAUGGUGAAGGCGGCGGGCAACGAGGUAUCGAAGGUGGAAGUGAACAAAGAUCGACGAAACAGCGGUCUCCGGGGCACGCAGGCGGCGGAGAGGGGAGAAAGUGCAGCUGGGAGAAGAAGAAGCCUCGCAGCGGAGAUAAGACAAAGCAUCACAGAGGAGACGGGCAGGGGUCCGAUGUCGACCGCGACGAGGACGGUGGGGUUCUGGCCGUAACAGGCAGGACCUCAAUGGAGACGGGGAACGACUUGAGGCCUGGGUGUAUUACGCGGCCUGGCGAGCAGGACCCUGUGAUUAGCUCCACCAGCGAAACACAGUUUGUCGAUGCGGUUGGCGGGGUGGGUGUCGCAAAGCAUGGAACAUGCUUCGCUCAGCUCCAAAUACAGUUGGCGGAUUGUCUCAGAUCAAUCCGAACCUCGGGGACGACCUCGUUGUCCGGAACUCAGUGCCUUCCAGGAAGCGAGACGACAACAUACCACGGGUCCGGCAGCGACAAGCUGGAACCGUGUUCCGUUUCGCCUCAAAAGGAAUUUCGGAUUAAUCCGAACCGCGAAGGCCGUGCCAUCGAGGGAGCACAACUGUCUACAGAACUCGAACGGGUGGUCCGGGUUUUUGAAAACCCUGGCAACGAAAUUCGGAUUCAUCCGAACCAGGAAGCCGUGUCUGCCAUGACAGACGAUCGGUGUCAGGAUGCACUAAUGCUCUGCGUGGAAGCCCACAAGGAGCUGCAGGCGGACUCUCGGACUGAGGGUGAGUUGGCGACUAGUUCCAAUGUCGAUCCCAACACACUCGGAGCCGAGUUAGCAGUCGUAAGCGACUCCCCGAUGAAAGCGGACAUGUCGGCGUCAUUGGAAACUGCGGGGGCUCGGAUGAAUCCGAACCAGGGCCAUGUGAACAUCUCCCUUCCUGAUGCAUCCUUGGAGACGACCCUUAUUCGGAUUCAUCCGAGGCACACAGACGAAGGACUUCAACUGGCAGGCGUUGAGGGUUUUCGACUACUGACGACUUUGGACAAGGACAAUUCCGCCGACGACCGGAUUGAUCCGACACUCAGCGACGUCGGGAUGGAGCUACCGGUUCAGCCGGGAUACGACGAUCCCUUGUACUCCGCCUUUCACCACGAGGCGAUGGGGGAGGACGUUCUGAAGAAGGCCUCUGACGCUGUUGGAGAUAGAUUUCUCUAUUUGAGUGACGACGACAAAGACACAGCGUACGGGGACAAGAAGUUAAGGGGGGGACAGGUGUUGUUGGACAUCCAUGGGACAUUGAGCCCAACAUAAUACGACACAGUGGCAAUGGACAAAACACAACCUGUCGAUGUUGUGGACGUCGACGCUCUUUGUCCGGAGACGAAUAUACCGUCUACAGUCAUCGACGUCG